AUGACAAUCGGUGAAUUUGCGUCUAGCCAGCUGGCGUCCGGUCAUCUGGAGAAAAAUAGCUCAAUUGCAGUGAUCGGGGCAGGCCCCGUAGGUGCAGGACUGGCAAAGGCGUUUAUACAUGAAAACUGGUUUGGCAAAAUCAAAAUCUUCGAGAAGAGAAGCGGGUUUGGAGGCCUGUGGAACUACACAAAGCCCGUGUUCAAGAAACAAAACAUCACGACGUGUCCGUCCAUCCCCUGCGAAGCACCACAGGGGAAAAACGAGCCGCACAUAAGUCAGGAAAAUGGUAUAGUGUUCCAAACUGCGGUCUACAAGUAUCUAGACACCAAUGUGCCCCGGCAGUUGAUGGAAUACGAAAAAUAUCCGUUUCCUCCGGGAACUCCUCUUUUCCCCGUUCGAGAGCAGGUUCUCGACUACAUCGUCAAGUACUCUCAGGAGGUUGAACAGUACGUGCAUUUCAACCACGAAGUAGUUUCUUUGCGCUACAACGAUGCAACUAGGAAGUAUUUGGUUUCCACGAAAAACUUAGUCACAAACCACUCGCUAACGGAGGAAUUCGAUGCAGUGGUGAUCGCCAGCGGGUUCUACGAUCUCCCUUAUGUCCCAGACCGUCCAGGUCUGAAAGAAUGGCAUACCAAGUUUCCGUCUUCUGUGUCGCACGCCAAGGACUUUGACGCUCCAGAAGACUUUGAAAACGUCUCUGGCGAGAUCAUAGUAGUGGGAAACAGUGCUUCUGGCUCGGAUCUGGCGUUCGAGUUGGCCACCCAGUUGAAACGGCGCGUUUACAAGAGCAAAAGAUCCGAAUCGCUGAUGCCGGCCGGAUACGACGAUCGUAUCAAAAAUGUGGCCGACAUAUUGAACUUGGACCCAGAAACCAAGACCGUGCACUUCGUGGACGGUACCAAGAUAUUGAAUGUUGAGAAAAUCAUUUUUUGCACUGGUUAUCUCAAGUCUCUGCCGUUCCUGCCUACGGUUUCGCAAGUCAAAUCGCAAGGUGACAAAAUCCUAGCCUCAUUGGUCACCGACGGUGGUCAAGUGCACAAUCUUUACAAUCACAUUGUGGCUUAUAACCUGCCCACUUUGGGUGUUAUUGGCCUGCCCAAAUAUGUGUUGCCCACACGACUGAGCGAAACGCAAGGCGCAUGGCUUGCUAGGGUUUGGAGCGGCCGCAUUGGACUGCCCUCGCUGGAAACAAUGUUAGAUUACGAAAAGUGGUUUUUGAAACUCAACGGGGCUGGACGUGCUUUCCACGACUUGAAAUUCCCCAUGGAUGUCCAGUAUACUCAAAGACUCAACCAAGAAAUUCGUGACGCUGGCAAUGACGGGUAUUUUGGUGUUGAGUGGACAAGUGACCAGAUCAAGAUGAGAAGUUCGAUUCAGCCUUUGAAGGAGGCCAGCUUGGCUUAUUUGAAGGAUACGGGUAAAAGAGUCUCGGAGAUCGAAGAUUUGAUCGAGACGGGUUAUUUCCAAUGGCCCAAUGAUGCUGUGACCAGUGUGGAAGUGGACCACGCGGUGCCAUGA